AUGCAGGAGGUGGUCCUGAGCCUGCUGGUCCUCUUAGCAGGCCUGCCUUCCCUGGACGCCAAUGACCCCGAAGAUAAAGACAGUCCCUUCUACUAUGACUGGUACAACCUCCGGGUCGGCGGCCUUAUCUGCGCAGGGGUUUUGUGUGCCGUAGGCAUCAUCGUGCUCAUGAGUGGCAAAUGCAAAUGCAAGUUCAGCCAGAAACCCAGUCACCGUGCAGGCGAAGUCCCACCUCUCAUCACUCCAGGAUCUGCCCACAACUGCUGA